AUGGUAGGGGGCUUCAUCCCCCUCGCCACCACAGACGACGACACCCUGCUCCCCAGCCCCACGGACCUUCCCACCGCGGUCCCCAAAUCACCCGCCGCGGGGGCGGCCAAGCUCACCCGCCUCAACGGCGUCGCCCUCGUCAUCAGCCUCCAGAUCGGCUCCGGCAUCUUCACCGUCCCGUCCUUCGUCGCCGCCAACGUCGCGAACCCGGGCUGGGGCUACAUGCGCCGGUGCUACGGCAACCCCGCCGGCUUCCUCUUCACCUGGGCCUGGGUCCUCAUGGCCAAGCCCGCCACCAACGCCAUCAUCGCCACCAUCUUCGCCGACUACAUCACCCGCCCCUUUGUCCCCGCCCCGCCCGCCCCCUCCUGGCUCCUCAAGAUCGUUGGUUUGUUCUGCAUCUGGGGCAUCGCCUUUGUCAAUGGCCGGGGCGCCACCGCCGGCGCUAGCGUCGCCAACAAGUUCCUCGUCCUGAAGCUCUCCGCCGUGAGCAUCAUCGCCGUCGUGGGCGUCGUGUACUUUGUCUCCGGCACCGGUGCCGGAGACCUCUCCGCCGUCGUCAACGGCUCCAUGACGGCCGUCAUCAUCGGUUUCGUCCUGCUCAACGCAGCCCUCUACACCUGUCUACCCAUGGACCUGAUGCGGGCGAGCAGAACAGUCUCGGUGGAGUUCGCAAGACAAACCCUUGGCGCCUGGGGCGGCGUGCUCUUAUCCGUCAUGGUCUCCAUCUCCGCCAUGGGCGCCCUCAACGCAAACACCUUUGCCACCGCUAAGCUCGCCGUCACUGCCGCCGAGGUUGGCUACUUCCCCGACGUGCUCGCCAACGUCCAUUGCAGCAGUGUCCGCGACGAACCUCAGCAUAUCGACGCCGCCCUAUCCUGGGCCCCGCGCUGGUUGGCGGCUCCCGUUCAGUGGUGUGCUGCGGCGACGAGGAGAUUGAGGUGGCAGGACCACGUGCCGAUACUACCGCUUUUCCUCAAUGCCGCCAUGACCACAGUCUACCUCUUUACUGGUAGCUUCGGUGGACUCGUAACCUUUAUCGGCGUCACCGAAUACAUCUUCUUCUUCGCCUCCGUCAUCGGCUUGCUCCUGCUCCGCCGUAGGGAUGCCCUUCGGACGAGCCCGGUGACGUACCGCACCUGGACCGGGAAUCCCAUCAUAUUCAGCGUGGUCAGCGUCCUCCUAAUCUUGCGCACAGUCAUAUCAGAACCAAUAAUAGGUGUUGCCAUUGUCUGCGCCGGGGCCGUCGGCCUAGCUCAGUUCUGGUGGAGGUUUCGCCGUGGGGGCUUGGCUCCAGUUGCCGUACACUGA